CUUCUUCUGGGACUUUCAGAGGAAUCAGAGCUGCAGCCCCUCAUAUUCGGACUUUUCCUCUCCAUGUACCUGAUCACUGUGCUUGGAAACCUUCUCAUCAUCCUGGCUGUCAGCUCAGACUCCAACCUCCACACACCAAUGUACUUUUUUCUCUCAAAUCUGUCCUUUGUAGACUUCUGUUUUACCUCCACCACAAUUCCAAAGAUGCUGUGGAACAUUCACACUCAGAACAAAGUCAUAACCUAUGAUGGCUGCAUCACACAGAUGUAUUUUUACAUACUCUUUGCAGGAUUGGACAACUUUCUCCUGGGUGUGAUGGCCUAUGACCGGUUUGUGGCCAUCUGCCAUCCCCUGCACUACACAGUCGUCAUGAACCCCCAGCUCUGUGGAAUGCUGGUCCUGGCAUCCUGGAUGAUGUGUGCCAUGUAUUCCUUGUUACAGAGCUUAAUGGUGUUGAGGCUGUCCUUUUGUAUAGACUUGGAAAUCCCUCACUUUUUUUGUGAAAUCAAACAGCUGGUCCAACUUGCCUGUUCUGAUACCUUUCUUAAUAACAUAUUAAUGCAUUCAGGAGCUGGAGUUCUAGGUGUUGGUACCAUGGCUGGUAUCCUUUAUUCUUACUCUAAAAUAGUAUCCUCUAUCUACAGGAUCUCAUCAGCUCAGGGGAAGUAUAAAGCAUUUUCCACCUGUGCAUCACACCUCUCAGGUGUCUCCUUAUUUUAUUGUGCAAGCCUAGGAGUAUACCUCAGUUCUUCUGCCGCUCACAGUUCACACUCAAUUGCAACAGCCUCAGUGAUGUAUGCUGUGGUCACACCCAUGCUGAACCCUUUCAUCUACAGUCUGAGAAAUGAAGAUAUAAAGAAGGCUCUGAAAAGAUUCGUUGAGAUGAAAACUAUAUAG